GGAAAUUAAAAAAAAAAAAAAGUCAAAACAAAAGAAAAAAACAUGGUCAUCAUGAAACCUCAACUUCUCAAUCAUGUCCGGAACAAACUUCACACCUCAUGUGCUUGACAUACACAUAGCUACAUGUAUAAAUAAAAUAUAGACCCUUCCUCUAAUAAUUAGUAUUAUCUAAUAUGGGGCACAACGUGACAAGCAUCAAAGUCUUGUUUGGUUUUAUAAGACGUGACCAGCCUCAUGACCCACCCCAACCUACUUCCUUCCUCCUCUAGUUUCUGAUCGCCAUCAAGCAGCGAAAAUGGUAAGUUCAUACAAAUUCAUUCUUCUUACCAAUCAUGUAAUGUGUUGUUGUCGAUCAUAUCAUGUUGACAAUAUAUAUAUAUGCGUGUGUGUGGGCAGGCUAAUUCAGCGUCUGGGAUGCACGUAAACGAUGAGUGCAAGCUCAAGUUCUUGGAGUUGAAAGCAAAGAGAAACUAUAGGUUUAUUGUGUUCAAAAUUGAUGAGAAGGCUCAGCAAGUGAAGAUAGAUAUGGUUGGGAAUCCAGAAGAAACUUACGAGAGUUUCACCAAAUGUAUGCCUGAGAACGAGUGCCGAUAUGCUGUCUAUGACUUCGAUUUCACCACUCCUGAGAACUGCCAGAAGAGCAAGAUCUUUUUCAUCGCAUGGUCGCCAGAUACGUCAAGAGUGAGGAGUAAGAUGUUGUACGCAAGCUCAAAGGACAGAUUCAAGAGGGAACUGGAUGGGAUUCAGGUUGAACUGCAAGCAACAGACCCCAGCGAGAUGAGCCUCGACAUCAUCAAAGGCAGAGUCAAUCUCUGAAUGCAUCUCUAAUGCGUUUCAGUCUUAUUCAUAUAUUUUGUGCUUUUCGUGUUUCUUGUGCUAUUACUGCUUCUUCAUUUUAUGACCGUUUUACUUGUUGGCUCUAUGUAUUUUCUUUGAUUCAAUAUCUCAU